CACAUGAUGUGUGACGUUCUGCCUCAUCUGUCUGACCUUUCCAAGGCUAUGCAGGAAAUUUUAUGGGUGUCUUCCAAGUUUGUUCUUUCAGUACUUCAGGGCCUCAUGAUGACACCAGGAGUACACUUUGAGGCAGCCCCAGAUGGAGUUGCUGCUCUAAAGGGUUUCAGCAUCACUGUGCCAACACCAGAUCAGGUUAUCAGGUACAAAGAACAGGUGUAUACUCCUUUCAUUCACCGGUUGAUCACCAAUCUAGAAGAAAGAUUUCCUGAUCUGUCAGUACUUCAGCUCUUUGAUGUAUUUGACACAACAAAGUUCCCAAAUGGUGAUCUGGGUAACCAUGGAGAGAAUGAAAUCAAGGUAUGUGGUGCACUACAUGGCACAGACCAGAAUGCAGACAAGGCCAUGGAGUGGAUCACCAACCUACAUACAAGCCACCAACACUUGUACAAGCUGGCCGCUGUAGGUCUACUGCUUCCUCCUUCAACUGCUGACUGUGAGAGGGGCUUCAGCUCUAUGAAGAGAAUUAAGUUGGAGAAACGUGCCUCACUGAAAUCCACUGUCCUCAAUGCAUUGAUGAUGUUGAGCAUGGAGGGCCCUCCCCUAGAGGCAGUGGAUUUCAGUGAGAUGGUGGACACAUGGUACAAGGAAAAACCUAGAAGGAUUGAACUGUAAAGUGUAAAUUCAGGAUAAGUGACAAUGUGAAAAUGAAAGUGUAAAAAAAUUGUUUGUGUUAAACUGUGAAGAGUGGACUAUGCAGAUAAACAGUUAAUGUAUAUAGUGUUUAUAAAUGCCUUUUUGUGUUGUUUU